CAAAGAGACGAGAAACCUCGAGAGAGAGAGAGAGAAGGAAGAAGAAGCCAUGGCCGCGGAAGGAGAGAAAGAGUUCUACCUGAGGUACUAUGUUGGGCACAAAGGGAAAUUUGGACACGAGUUCCUGGAGUUCGAGUUUAGAGAAGACGGUAAGCUCCGUUACGCCAAUAACUCUAACUACAAGAACGAUACGAUUAUCCGGAAGGAGGUCUUUCUCACCCCCGCCGUUCUCAAGGAAUGCAAGCGUAUCGUCUCCGAGAGCGAGAUACUGAAAGAAGAUGAUAACAAUUGGCCGGAACCUGACCGUGUUGGGAAGCAAGAGCUUGAGAUCGUCAUGGGCAAUGAGCAUAUCUGCUUUGCUACAUCUAAGAUUGGAUCUCUUGUUGAUGUCCAGAGCAGUAAUGAUCCUGAAGGACUUCGCAUCUUCUACUAUCUUGUUCAGGACUUGAAGUGUCUUGUUUUUUCGCUCAUCUCGCUGCACUUCAAAAUCAAGCCUAUUUAGACAAACUAUCAUGUCAAGACCAGAUGAAUAUGUUGGGCCUUAGUGAGUAGUAUUUGGUUGUUUCUAUGUCUCUGGUUCAUUGAUGAGUGUGAAUGCGAGUUUCAUGUGUUGUUUAGUUUGAAAACCCUGAGUUCCAUUCCUGUGCUUCUUUUGCAUUGAAUUUUUAUAUGACCGUUGGUAUUGAGUGGACAAAUGGUUUGGCUCUUCUAAACAUCGAGUGCUGUUAUUUUGCAAUAGUAGCGAUUGAUAUUGGGAAAACAAAAGAUCGGAGUGAAAGUCCGCACUUAAUCGUGCUUAUGUUA